AUGGAAACAUUGCAUAGUGGAUAUUUUCAUCCUGUCUUGAGGCAGUAUCAAGAGGUGAACACAGAUGUGCAGUCUUCUCAUUUAAUGUACCCGUUGUUUUUGAUAAAUAAACCUGAUGAUAAACAAGAAAUAUCCAGUAUGCCAGGUGUUUUCAAAUUUGGCGAGAAGCAGCUUAUCAAUUUCUUAAAACCACUUGUCCAGAAAGGCUUAUCAUCUGUUCUGCUCUUUGGAGUUAUUGAAUCAUCAUUAAAAGAUUCAAAAGCUUCCUGUGCUACUACUUCCAAGAAUCCUGUUCUCCAUGCUGUUUCCCAAUUAAGAUUGAAUUUCCCUAAUCUUCUGAUUGCAUGUGAUGUUUGCCUAUGUGGUUACACUGAUCAUGGUCAUUGUGGAAUACUCGAUGCAGAAGGGCACAUUGAUAAUGCUGCAAGUAUUAAAAGGAUUGCAGAGCUUGCUUUGGAAUAUGCUAAAGCUGGUUGCCAUGUUGUUGCUCCAUCUGAUAUGAUGGAUGGAAGAGUUAAAGCUAUUAAAACAUUAUUAAAUGAAGCUGGAUUAGGCAACAAAGUUUGCAUUUUAAGUUAUGCUGCCAAAUUUGCUUCAAAAUUUUAUGGACCAUUUAGAGAUGCUGCAGAUUCUGCUCCAGCAUAUGGUGACAGAAAAUGUUACCAACUCCCUCCUGGUAGUAAAGGAUUAGCUUUGAGAGCUGUGCAACGAGAUAUUGAAGAAGGAGCUGAUAUGAUCAUGGUGAAACCUGGCCUUGCAUAUUUAGACAUUUUACAGGAAGUAAAAAAACAGCAUCCAGAAUAUCCUCUAUUUGUGUAUCAAGUAUCUGGAGAAUACGCCAUGUUAUAUCAUGCUGCUAAAGCUGGAGUGUUCAGUUUGAAAGAUGCAGUUUUAGAAAGUUUAACAUCUAUGAGACGUGCAGGUGCUGCUGUAGUUAUUACAUACUAUGUUCCUCAGCUACUGAUGGAAUGGCUGUAAAGACAUUUAAUGUUUUAUAUAAUACAUUGUAAUUUGUAUUAAUUUUACAUAAUAAUUUCAUUAAAAAUAUUGGUUAUUUUACAUAUUUUAUGUAGUAUGUACAUAUAUAUAAAUGAAUUUUGUGAUAUUUUUUUCAUUAAGAAUCAUUUUACAAAGAUUUAGCUAUAAUAUAUAUAUGAAAUAUUUUAUAUAUGUACUUUUUUUUAUACUGAGAUUAUAUAGGGUAAAAAGUGUUGUUUGUUACAUAUAGGGUAAAUAUUUGUGUAAAUAUAAAAUUUUUAUUAAAAAUCAAUUUAAAUAUUUCUGUAUGCAAAAUCAUUUUUCAAGAAUAUUUUCCUACUUGGUAACAUAAAAGUUUAAUCACAUUGAAUAAUUGUAAACAUUUCAAUUUAAUAUGAUGUAGAUAUUAGAAUAUUUUAUCAUAUAGA